GGACGCGGACGCGGAAGCGGCGCGGCGCGGGGGGGAGAUGGGGUGCGACGGUGGCACCAUCCCAAAGCGGCACGAACUGGUCAAGGGGCCCCGAAAAGCCGAGAAGGUUGACAAAAAUGCUGAACUGGUGGCAAGAUGGUACUACUGUGCUCUGAGUCAAGAGAAGUUAUGUCGGCCAAUCGUAGCCUGUGAGCUAGGCAGGUUGUAUAAUAAAGAUGCCGUCAUUGAAUUUUUGUUGGACAAGUCAGCUGAUAAAACUCCAAUGGAAGCUGCAUCGCACAUCAAGAGCAUUAAGAAUGUAACAGAGCUAAACCUUGCAGAUAAUCCAGCUUGGAGUGGUGAUAAAGAGAGUAUAAAAGGUGACAAAUAUGAUGACAUUCAGUCUGCACGCUUUAUAUGCCCUGUGGUGGGAUUGGAAAUGAAUGGAAGGCAUAGGUUUUGCUUCCUGAGAAACUGUGGCUGUGUGUUCUCUGAACGUGCUCUCAAAGAAAUUAAAUCAGAAGUUUGUCACAAGUGUGGUGUUCCCUUUCAAGAGGAAGAUGUGAUUAUCCUUAAUGGUAAUAAAGAAGAUGUGGAAGUAUUGAAGAAAAGAAUGGAGGACAGAAGACUUAAAAGUAAAUUAGAAAAGAAAUCAAAGAAAAGCAAGCCAGCAGAAUCAGCUUCUCAGCAAGAUACCACCGAAGAUUCUCCAGGUCCAUCAAAGACCAAGAAUCAAAAGGAUUGUGUCAAUUCCAGCGCUGGGGAAAAGAGGCAGAUUAUCUUCACCAAAAGUUCGGAUAACGGAAAUUCAUCUGUACCAGGGAAAGUUGGUAAGGCUGCUUCUGCUACUGCGAAGAGAUCCAUUGCAGACAGCGAGGAGAAAUCUGAGGCGUACAAAUCUAUUUUUACAUCACACAGCUCAGCAAAACGUUCAAAGGAAGAGUGUUCCAAUUGGAUUACUCACACGGCGUACUAUUUCUGAAACAAUGAUGAGCCUGAUUGUAACAUUCAUUACCGCUUGCCUUCCCUAAGGCUUUUUCUGUACAACUCUGAUACAGAACUUUUGUUGUAACCCGAUGUUAUCUGGAAUUAUCCAGUUUGUAAGUUGUUUAUAAACUUGUGAAUAACUAAU